AUGCCACCCAUCACUUUUACUGACCGAGAUUUUCGUGGCGCCGACCCUGUACAAGACGAUCCCAUGGUAAUUUCGGUCGAAAUGCAUAACUGCAUCGUGAAGAAGACGUUGGUCGAUCAGGGGAGCUCGGCCGACAUCUUAUAUUGGAACACGUUCGUGCAACUAGGAAUUCCAGAAGAAAGCCUAGAACCAUAUCACGAACCGUUAGUAGGGUUUUCUGGUGAAAGAGUAAUGACGAGGGGGUGCAUCGACUUGUACACUCGCUUCGGUUUCGACCAAAAGUCUUCCCGAGAAAUCAAAAUCCGUUACAUCGUUGUGCAUGCGAACACAUCCUACAAUGUCCUGCUCGGCCGACCCUCCAUCAACGCACUCCGAGCCAUCGUCUCGACCCCUCAUCUGUGCAUGAAGUUCCCGUCGAGAGAUGGACAGGUAAUAACCGUUCAUGCCGACCAGAAGACAGCAAGAGAAUGCUAUCUCUCUAGCCUAAAGGUCCGUCCCGUAUCCGACCCCCCGUCAACGUUGUCAGGCGUAAAUGUAAUAAGACAGAUGACAGAGGGCUUAGAUCUCGACCCACGCCUGGGUGAGGAGGAUCGAAUCGAGCCAGCCGAAGACCUCGUUCCUUUCCAACUCGGGCAAACACCCGAACAGGUCACACACAUAGGAUCUCAGCUGAACGAAAAUGAUUCGAACCAGGUGAAGCGAGCGGUUCAAGACAAUAGAGACUUGGUUGCAUGGAAGGCGUCGGAUAUGCCGGGGAUAUACCCUAGAUUCCUGUGUCACCGACUAGCAGUAUGUAGAGACGCUCGGCCGAUCGCACAGAAGAAAAGAAAAAUGGGCGAUGAAAAGAGAAAGGCAGCCGAUGCCGAGGUGAAAAAAUUGUUGCAAGCAAAGUUCAUCAGAGAGGUCACUUACACGACUUGGCUAGCCAACGUAGUAUUAGUCAGAAAAAACAAUGGGAAGUGGAGAAUGUGCACCGACUAUACCGACCUCAAUAAGGCCUGCCCCAAGGAUGCUUACCCACUCCCUUGUAUCGACCGACUAGUUGACGGAGCGUCCGGACACUCAAUCUUCAGCUUCUUGGAUGCGUAUUCCGGUUACAACCAAAUAAGGAUGCACUCGGCCGACGAGGAGAAGACGGCGUUCAUAACCGAGAGUGCCAACUUUUGUUAUAAAGUGAUGCCGUUUGGGUUGAAGAACGCCGGAGCGACCUACCAGAGGUUAAUGGACAAGGUGUUUCAGGGUCAAAUCGGCCGAAACAUCGAAAUAUAUGUGGAUGAUAUGGUAGUCAAGUCCAACUCUCUGUCCGGACACUUAGCCGACUUAGCCGAAAUCUUCGGUGAGCUCCGCAAGCACAACAUGAGACUCAACCCCGAAAAGUGCACCUUCGGGGUCAAAGGAGGCAAAUUCCUAGGUUUCAUGCUAUCCGCGAGAGGCAUAGAAGCGAACCGAGACAAAUGCCAGGCCGUGUUAGACAUGCGAAGCCCGAGCAACCUUAAGGAACUGCAGCGCCUCUCGGGAAGGUUGGUCGCCCUAUCCCGAUUCCUCCCACGGCUAGGCGACAAGAUCAGUCCGAUGACAAAACUCUUGCGAAAGGCUUCGGCCUUCUCAUGGGAUGAACAAUGCGAAGCCGCCUUCGCAACGAUGAAGACAACCCUGGCGACCCCGCCGACCCUCUUGGCCGUGUCCGAGGAGGCGAUCAGUUCGGUUCUGGUGCAAGAAAAGGAAGGCACCCAGGCUCCUAUAUAUUUUAUCAACCGACAGCUGCAGGAUUCUGAAACCCGAUACCAAUUGAUAGAAAAGGUGGCACUCAGUUUAGUACAUUCUUCUCGACGCCUACGUCAUUACUUCCAAAGCCACCGAGUUAUCGUGCAUACCGACUGUCCAAUCGCUAAGGUACUAAGCAAACCCGAACUCGCCGGAAGGAUGAUGGCCUGGUCAAUGGAACUCUCGCAAUUUGAUAUUACCUUUAAGCCGAGGGGACCGAUCAAGGCCCAAUGCUUGGCCGACUUCAUAAACGAACUUCACCCUCACGGCCAAUUUGAACAACAGUGGUGGACCCUCCAUGUAGACGGAUCCUCAAACAACCAAGGGAGCGGGGCAGGGGUAAUCUUAGAAGGACCGAGAGGGAUAACUUUAGAGCAAUCUUUGCGCUUCCGGUUCAAAGCUUCAAAUAACCAAGCCGAGUACGAAGCUCUAUUGGCCGGAUUAAGGUUGGCCGAGGACAUGGGUGCAUCAAGAAUCAAGUGUCGCACCGAUUCCAAAGUAGUGGCCGAGCAGGUGGGCGGAAAUUUCCAAGUAAAGGACCACAACAUGAUGAGAUACUAUCAUGCCUAUCAAAAAUUGAAGGCGAAUUUCCAGGAGGUGUUGGUCGAACACAUCCCCCGCGAAGACAAUACCCGGGCCGACCAGUUGGCUAGGUUGGCCGCAACCAAGAAGCCGGGCCACUUGAGAACGAUCAUUCAACAAGAGAUCGACCACCCCAGCAUUGAAGCCGAGAUGGUGGCAAAUGUUGACGCUAAGCUAGCCGAUCGUGACGAUCCCCCUGAUUGGCGGGGUGAACUGAAGGCAUACCUCACCAGUGGAAGCGCACCCACCGAACCGACCGAGGCCAAGCGAUUAAGAACCCAAGCCAGUAGAUACGUUGUCAUCGCCGACCAGCUGUACAAACGUGGUUUCUCUACCCCACUACUCAAGUGCCUAAAUCCCGUCGAGGCUGACUAUGUGACGCGAGAAGUACAUGAAGGUAUAUGGGGACUGCAUUCGGGGGCGAGGACGACCGUCUCUAAACCUCUACGUGCCGGGUACUAUUGGCCGACCAUGAACACCGACUGUGCAGCAUUCGUAAAGAGAUGCCAGCCAUGCCAGAGACAUGGCAACUUGAUUCAUCAACCGGCCGAGCAGCUACAUUGCAUUCCUCCAGCCUGGCCGUUCGCCACGUGGGGGGCCGACAUACUCGAACCAUUCCCACUUGCCAAAGGACAAUGCAAGUUCCUCAUCGUCGCCGUCGACCUAUUCACCAAAUGGAUCGAAGCCGAGCCCUUGGCAUGCAUUUCGGCUCAUCAAGUCCAGAAAUUUCUAUGGAGGAACAUCAUUACCCAGUUCGGUGUCCCACACACUCUGGUGACCGACAAUGGCCUUCAAUUUACCGACCGAAAACUAAAUGAAUUCCUGAACGGCUUGGGCGUACAGCAUAAGGUCACGUCGGUCGAACACCCGCAGACGAAUGGUUAG